AUGUUUCAAGGGCAGGGUAAUAUAACUUCGCAGGCAGAAUUUAAUUUCUAUGCAGAUCCAGAGAGCGCACACAUUGUGCUCAACAGCAAUAUCAAGCUGCUAUGGUUGUUGCCAUGGGAGGCCUGUUUAAAGUCUCAAGUCACACACGACUGGCGAAGGAAUGUACUGGGCAAGAUACAUACGCCCUGUGUGCUCAUGUUGAACAAAAUCGAGGAUGGCAGACGCGCCCAAGCCAAAAAGCAUUUCAGUCAUUAUAUAACAUGCGACGCUUUCUUAGCCGGGAUCGUUAUGACACCUGGUAUGGCCAAGGAAGUCGUUUCGUGGCACGCAGAUGUCGAGUUGGGCGGCAACAGAACCCGGGGCCAAGUU